UAUAUAAAUAGUAUUAAACGGACAAACUUAUCAAAUGGUAUCAAACAGUAUCAAACUUAAACUCCUUAUCAGUAACGUGUGUUCCUUUAGCUGGAAGAUAGUGAAAAAGCAAAUAGCUGAUUUGUAUUAAAUUGCUUUUGAAAUGGCUAAAUACAAGAUUAAGAUUGGAAUAAUCGGUGGUUCUGGUUUGGACGAUCCCCACAACCAAGUCGUCACUUCUCUCACAGCGACUGCUAGAGAGGAGGCAAAAAACGAUUUUGGAUUGCCUUCUGGCGAUCUUUAUCAAGGCAAUAUCAAUGGUGUAGACGUGGUACUGUUAUCAAGACAUGGACCAGGUCAUAGGCUAAGCCCCACUGCAGUUAAUUAUCGUGCAAACAUUGAAGCCUUACGAUUAGUUGGAUGCACUCACAUACUUGCAUCUGCAGCAUGUGGUUCUUUACAAGAGUCUAUAUGUAGGGGACAGUUACUUGUUCCAGAUGGUUUCAUAGAUAGAACAAUAAGCAGAAUUGCAACUUUCUAUGAUGGCACAUCAUCCAAAUAUUCAGGAGUGUGUCAUAUGCCAAUGGAACCAGCUUUUGAUCCAGAGACAUCACAAAUAUUAUUCGAAGUUGGUACAAAACUAGGAUACAAUAUUAAGAAGGGGGGAACAAUUGUAGCUAUAGAAGGACCACGUUUCUCCUCAAAAGCUGAAAGUAAUAUGUUACGUCUUUGGGGAGGAGAUCUAGUUGGCAUGACUACAUGUCCAGAAGUAUACCUGGCUAAAGAAGCAGGCCUUUUGUAUGCAGUUAUUGCUAUGGCAACAGAUUACGAUUGUUGGCGAGGCAGUGAAGAUACUGUUCAUGCAGCAGAUGUAAUAGCUGUAUUUAAGCAAAAUGUCAAUAAAGUAACGAAUUUACUUGUAAAAGCAAUUGAACUUAUUGGAGAAAGAAACUGGGAUAAAGAGAUUGAUGACUUACAGAAACUAUGUACAAGUAGUAACGUAUCAAGUAGUACAUGUAGUAUAAGUAAUACAAGUAGUACAGUGUGUAAUAAAUGAACAGUUUUGCUGAAAAACAAGAACUUAAAUUUUUGCACUUUUAAUUUGAAUGUGUGUAAGAUAUAUAUAUAUUUAAUAAAUGAAACAACAUUGAAACUUGAUUUUAUUAUUUAAUACUAUUUAUCUAUACAACUAAUAAAAGCAAGUUGGUUGAGUGAUCAUUUUUGUUUAACGUAUCUACAAGCUGUAACGGUGUUGUAUUUUAAUCACAUGUAAGAAUUCAUUUAUUCAUGGAUUCAGUACAUUUAUCAUUCGGCUAGUAUUGUCAUCGCUACAACUGAAAUAUGAUAUUAUAAUUGAUUUUAAGGUAUAUAAAAUAAUACAUUUUUCAGAAUUAUCAGUAUGAUACAUAUAAC